AUGUCCAAGUUCCAAUUGCUUCCCCUUGUCGCAGGGCUGCUUGCCCCUUCAAUUGCAGCCCUCAGCAUCCCUUCCCCGCAGCAAAUCCUCGAUUCUCUUACUUUCGGAGAGCACACCGACGGCUUCUGUCCGCUAGCACCCAAGGUCGAGGUUCCUGAUGACGGGUUCUUCCCAGCUCUCAAGUUCGUAGAAGAUGCCUCCUUCAAGUCGCGUCAAGUCAAUCGUCUCUCCAGGGCCGUCCAGGUCCCGACCGCAAUCGACGACUACAUGAAGGACCCCUACGACGAGAAGUUCGCCCCAUUCCUCGACUUCCAGAACCUCCUAAAGACCCUCUUCCCCCUCACCCACUCCUACGCCCGCGUAGACCACAUCAACCGAUUCGGUCUCGUCUUCACCCUCAAUGGCACAGACGACUCGCUCAAGCCCCUGCUCUUCACCGCGCACCAGGACGUCGUGCCCAUCAACGACCCCGCCGACUGGACCUAUCCCCCGUUCGAUGGCCACUUCGACGGCGAAUGGCUCUGGGGCCGCGGCGCCAGCGACUGCAAGAACGUCCUGAUCGGACUGAUGUCCGUCGUCGAAGACCUACUCUCCCAGAACUGGAACCCAACCCGCACCGUCGUCCUAGCCUUCGGCUUCGACGAAGAAUCCCACGGCUUCCUCGGCGCCGGAUCCAUCGCCAAAUUCCUCGAGAAGAAAUACGGCCCCGACAGCUUCGCCUUCAUCCUCGACGAAGGCGGCAUGGGCCUCGAAGUCCUCGACGACACCUCCAACGGCGUCGUCUACGCCCUCCCGGGCGUCGGCGAAAAGGGCAGCAUCGACGUAGUCCUCACCCUCGCCGUCCCAGGCGGCCACAGCUCCGUGCCCCCUCCACACACAGGAAUCGGCAUCAUCUCCGAAAUCAUCUACGAGCUCGAACGCCAGUACCUCUUCGUCCCCGUCCUCGACACCCACCACCCAACCCGCAAAAUGCUCGAAUGCCAAGUCCGCCACUCCCCCUCGCAAGUCGAGCCCUGGCUCGCCUCCGUCCUCCAAUCAAGCGACUACGUCUCUCUCGCAGAGAAACUGGCCUCCUCCCGCGGCGACAAAUUCCGCUUCAUCCUCCAAACCUCCCAAGCCGCAGACAUCAUCAACGGCGGCGUCAAAUCCAACGCUCUCCCAGAGAAAAUCAGCGCCCUCGUCAACUACCGUAUCGCACUGCACCAAACCCCAGAUGACAUCAAGAACCGCGCUGUGGACAUCAUCUCCCCCAUCGUGAAGAAAUACAACCUCUCCCUCACGGCCUUCCCGGACAGCGAUACCGUCGACCCCUCCCUCAACAACCACCUCACCCUCACUACCCUCAGCGGCGCCCUCAGCCCCGCCCCGGUAAGUCCAACGGACACCGACACCGACGCCGUCUGGGCGCGGUUCUCGGGCGUCACUCGCUCCGUCUUUGAAUCCGUCCCGAGUCUCGAAGGCAGGAAGGUCGUCGUGAGCGGCGACAUCAUGACCGGAAAUACCGAUACGAGAUUCUACUGGCCCUUGUCGCGGAAUAUUUAUAGAUGGAGUCCGUCGAGAGCGGGUAAAGCGUUGAAUAUUCAUACUGUGGAUGAGAGGAUCGACAUUGAUAUUCAUCUGGAGGCGAUGAUGUUGUAUUAUGAUCUUAUUCGCUCUUUCGAUGGAUGGGAUGAUUCGUCUGUUGUGGAUGCUGCUGUUGCGGAUGAUGAUGAUGAACUUGCUCAUGAUGUGUUGUGA